UGGUAGAGUAGUAAAUAGUUGAUAGUGAUGGUGGUCUUGUGGGUGGUGGUUGAUUAUGGCAGUGGUGGCGAGGUUGGUGGGAGAGAGUAAAUGCUGGGUUUGAGUAAACAAAAGGGCCUACACGGUGCUUAUAUGAGUUACUAGAAAGAGAAAGAGCAAGACAGGUUGGAUUUCAUAUUUGAUGCAUAUGAAUCAUUGUUAAAAAGAAAGUUUUUGAAACAAAAGAGAGAGAGAGAGAGAGAGAUAGUGUAUGUGUGUAAGAGAUUCACAUGCACGUGGUUCAGCUUCUGUUGAUGGCAACUGCUAAUACAUGGUUUUUUUUUUUUGAAGCAGUUAAGUAUUAAAUUUGGCUCACUCACUCUCACCUGCUUUCUUUCCAGCCAAGACAGUCACUAUUUCACCAUUUUCAUUGCAAUCACUCCCAUGCCUACCUGCCUGCCCUCCAUUCAUUCUCUCUCUUUCUCUUUGCAAGCCUAGAUUUUUGGUACUUUUAUUUGAUUUGAUGCAAACCCAGAACACAAAAAGUCCCAGAUCUCUGUUGUUCAGGCUAGACUGAGAGAACCCCGAAGCAAAAGAAGAAGAUAUUUCAAUAGGUACUUGCAUUUCCAUUUUCUGUUUGAAUUAAUGCGUUUAGAUUGUCAGAGUACUUUCCUUUUCAAUUCCAGUGAGAAAAAAAAAUGUAUUUUUUUGUUGUAUUUUUUUCAUUCUGGAAAAGAAGUGUUACAUUCAAAGCACAGUAGCUAGAAAGCUCGGAUCUUCUGUCAAUUGGAUCCAACUACCAUAAUGCCAAACGGAUAGACACUCUGACCAGCACAGUGUUGCGAGCAUGAGAAGACUUUAUCAAUUUCGUCUUUCUCAUGCUCUUUUAUGCUUUCUUUCCUGCUUUAUUGGGAUUGCUACAGUGUCACCAGCAACUGAGAAGGAGAUUUUGCUUCAAUUCAAGGGAAAUAUCACCAGUGAUCCGAAGAGUAGCUUAAAUUCAUGGGUUUUGAGUGCUGACCCUUGCCAAGAUUACAGUGGUGUGUUCUGUAACUCGGCUGGAUUUGUAGAAAGGAUUCUUUUGUGGAACACUAGUCUUGGUGGGGUGUUGUCACCGGCCUUGUCAGGUUUGAAAUAUUUGAGGAUUUUGACAUUGUUUGGGAAUCGGUUUUCAGGCAAUAUCCCACAAGAUUAUGCUAACAUUAAGACAUUGUGGAAGAUCAAUGUGAGUUCUAAUGCAUUAUCCGGGUCAAUCCCAGAGUUUAUUGGUGAUUUACCGAGCAUUCGGUUUCUAGAUUUGUCAAAGAAUGGUUUUUCCGGGGAGAUACCAUCAGCUUUAUUCAAGUAUUGUUAUAAAACCAAGUAUGUUUCUCUCUCUAGUAACAAGCUUUCGGGCUCGAUUCCUGUCUCAAUUUUGAAUUGCAGGAACCUUGCAGGGUUUGAUUUCUCUUUUAAUAAUCUUAGUGGUGGCAUUCCUUCGGGGGUUUGUGGUAUUCCUAUGUUAGAGUAUCUGAUUUUAAGAAGCAAUGUGCUAUCAGGAAGUGUUCAAGAGGAGAUUUCAGCAUGCCAGAGCUUGAUAGUUUUGGACCUUGCUAGCAAUUUGUUUACAGGGCUGGCACCAUUUGGGGUUCUUGGAUCCAAAAAUAUUUCUUUGUUCAAUGUAUCCUAUAAUGGGUUUCAUGGGGAGAUUCCUGAGAUAGCCUGUAGUGAGAGCAUGGAGUUUUUUGAUGCUUCAGGCAAUAAUUUGGAUGGGGAAAUUCCACUUAGCAUUACAAAUUGUAGAAGUCUCAAGGUUUUGGACUUGGGGUUUAACAAGCUGAAUGGGAGUAUCCCAGUAGGGAUUGGAAAUAUGGAGAAUCUAAAUGUGGUUCGAUUGGGUAAUAAUUCAAUAGGUGGGACAAUUCCAAAGGAGUUGGGAAGCAUAGAGCUGCUUCUCAUUCUGGAUUUGCACAAUCUCCACCUUGUUGGCCAUAUUCCUGAUGAUAUAAGCAACUGCAGGUUUCUUCGUGAGCUGGAUGUUUCUGGUAAUGCUUUAGAGGGAGAAAUUCCUGAUACCCUUUACAACAUAACUUCCUUAGAAGUUCUUGACUUGCAUCAAAACCGCCUCAAUGGCAGCAUUCCUCCGAGCCUAGGGAACAAUUUAAAAAUCCAAUUUCUGGAUUUGUCAAAUAAUUCACUUUCUGGGUCCAUCCCCCCUUCUCUUGGAAAUCUGACGAAUUUAACACAUUUAAACGUCUCCUACAACAAGCUCUCUGGCACCAUUCCUCCAUCCAUACAGCAUUUUGGUCCAUAUGCAUUUUUUAACAAUCCCCUACUCUGUGGCGCCCCUUUGGACACACCUUGCUCAGCAAAGGGCAACGGUACAAGUUCUACACGAAGGAAAACCAAGGAGCUGAGUAAUUCUGUCAUUGUCGCAAUUGUUGCUGCUGCAGUGAUCUUUGCUGGUGUUUGUGUGGUAUACAUCAUGAACAUCAGGGCUAGCAGAAGGAAAAAAGUUGAUGAAGCAAUGGUUGUUGAGAGCACACCACUAGGUUCCACGGAAUCAAAUGUUAUAAUUGGGAAGCUGGUUCUCUUCAGCAAAAGUUUGCCAUCCAAGUAUGAAGAUUGGGAAGCUGGCACCAAAGCUUUGCUUGACAAGGAGUGUCUGAUUGGUGGUGGGUCCAUUGGUUCAGUCUACAGGACUAACUUUGAAGGUGGGAUCUCAAUUGCAGUGAAGAAGCUUGAGACUCUGGGAAGGAUCAGAAGCCAAGAUGAAUUUGAGCAAGAAAUUGGACGCCUAGGCAACCUUCAACACCCGAAUCUGGUUGCUUUUCAGGGUUACUACUGGUCCUCAACAAUGCAGUUGGUUCUAUCUGAAUUUGUCACAAAUGGGAAUCUGUAUGAAAAUCUACAUGGACUUAAUUAUGAAGGCACCAGCUCUGGUGGCAGCAAUAAUGCGUUGUUUUGGUCUAGGAGGUUUUACAUUGCUCUUGGAACAGCGAGGGCCCUAGCUUACCUUCAUCAUGACUGUCGGCCUCCAAUUCUUCAUCUCAACAUCAAAUCAACAAACAUACUCUUAGAUGAGAAGUAUGAGGCUAAGCUGUCAGAUUAUGGGUUGGGGAAACUGCUUCCCAUUUUGGAUAAUUAUGGUUUAACUAAAUUCCACACUGCAGUUGGGUAUGUUGCGCCAGAGUUAGCUCAAAGUUUGAGACUGAGUGAGAAAUGUGAUGUUUAUAGCUUUGGAGUUAUCCUUUUAGAGUUGGUUACAGGGAGGAAACCAGUAGAGAGUCCAAGAGCAAAUGAGGUGGUUGUCUUGUGUGAAUAUGUUCGGGAGUUGUUGGAAAGUGGCUCUGCUUCAGAUUGCUUUGAUAGAAGUUUGCGAGGUUUUGCAGAGAAUGAGCUUAUUCAGGUUAUGAAGUUGGGGCUCAUUUGUACAUCUGAGGUUCCUUCAAGGAGGCCAAGCAUGGCAGAGGUUGUUCAGGUUCUUGAGUCUAUCAGAAAUGGAUUGGGGUAAUAUGAUUAUGUGUACAUUACAGGAUAUAUUGGACAGCCUCCAAGUUAGAGUAGCAGUAUAUUUUUGGAGCAGAGAUCAAAGCAAGUAGUCUAGCUGCAAAGGGGACAUUGUUUAGUUGUGCAGAGGGGACAAAAGAGUUGCUUAUUUGACAUAUAUAAGAAAUAGAAAUUGAUUCUUUUGUAUUUGUUCUCCAGUUACCAUCAUCAAUUGUUCAUGACUUACAAUUUUUUGCAAUAAAAUCAUUCGUUUAUUGUAUCUCAUUUGCAGAUCAAUA